AUGGAUACCGUGUACGUGCAGGAGCUGCACGGAUUGCUGCAGCAGGCCAAUGUGCCAGACACUGCGGCGGUCAAGUCGGCCACUGAAGCGUUGCAAACGCGCUACUUGAAAGACAGCAAAGCCGUGCCUUCUCUGUUUGAAAUCACGGCCACGUCGCCUGAGCUGCCCGUGCGCCAGCUUGCAGGUGUAGAGCUGCGGAAGAAGCUGGCGAAGAACACCAAGGCGUGGACGAAGCAGAACGUGGCUGUGCGCGACGGCAUCAAAGCGCGCCUGCUGGAGCUCAUCACGGAAGAGCAAAGUGCACUACUCCGCAAUGGCCUUGCACGUAUCAUUGCCGAGAUUGCGCGCAAGGAGCUGCCGAUGAAUGGGUGGCCUGCGCUUCUGCCGUGGCUGUUUGACUCUGCCGAGUCGCCCAACGCGGCCCAGCGCCAAAUUAGUGUGCUCGUCCUCUUCAUCGUCCUCGAGACGUUUGUCGACGGCAGCGAGGCGCUGAAAGCGAAUUUGCCGCGGAUCAUGGCCUUGUUCUCCAAGAGCCUGCAGGACCCUGAAUCGCUGGAUGUGCGUGUGACGACGGUGCGUGCGCUGGGCAAAGUUGCCGAGAACUUGGACGCGGACGACCAGGCAGACUUGGCAGCAAUGCAAAGUGCGAUGCCGCAAAUCAUGCAUGUCUUGCAGCAGAGUUUUGAUGUUGGAAACAGCGAAGGCGUGCGCCAGAUUUUGGACGUGUUUGAAAAUUUGAGCAUGCUAGAAACGCCGCUCAUCUCGUCGCACCUCGCCGAGCUCAUUGCGCUGUUUGUGCGCAAUGGCGCAAACCGCGAGCACGAAGAGGAUCUUCGUCUGAUGUGCCUCAACUCGCUCAUUUGGACGAUCCAGUACAAGCGCUCGCGCGUACAGAGUCUUGGCCUUGCCAAGCCCUUGCUCGAGCAGCUUAUGCCGAUCGCGACCGAGGAAGAGUCGGACGAUGUCGAAGAGGACACGCCUGCGCGCCUUGCGCUCCGUGUGAUUGACCAGCUUGCGACGGAGCUGCCGCCCAGCCAUGUCUUCCCCCCGCUUUUGGAGCAGAUCCAGCUGUAUGCAUCGAACAGCGACCCGAUGCACCGCAAGGCUGCCAUGAUGGCGUUUGGCGUCAGUGUCGAGGGCUGCUCCGAGUACAUCCGUCCCCACAUGAACGAGCUGUGGCCGUUUGUCGAGAACGGGAUGCGGGACGCCGACCCCAUCGUGCAAAAAGCGUCCUGUGUCACGCUCGGAUGCCUGUGCGAGAUGCUCGACGAGGAGUGUGCGGCGAAGAGCAGCGUCUUUUUGCCCCUAAUUAUGGAGCUGCUCAAUGCGCCUGCGACGCAGCGCUCCGCCACAACGGCACUCGACGCGCUGCUCGAAGUGAUGGGUGACGACAUUGCACAGUAUUUGUCCGCGAUCAUGGAGCGUCUCACGGGCCUGCUCGAGACGGCGCCGCUGUCUGUCAAGGCGACCAUUACGGGCGCAAUUGGAAGUGCGGCACACGCUGCGAAAGACGGUUUUGUGCCGUACUUUGUGCCGCUCAUGCAGCGCAUCCAGCCGUUCCUCUACCUUGUCGAGGAAGGCGAGGAGAUGGAUUUGCGCGGGAUUGCCACGGACACGGUCGGCACGUUUGCCGAGGCCGUCGGCAAGGAGCACUUUUCCCCCUACCUGCCCGAGAUGAUGAAGCUUGCUGUCGAGAGUCUCGAGAUGGACAAGCCAAGGAUCCGCGAGUGUGCCUUCAUCUUCUUCGCCGUGAUGGCACGUGUCUAUGGCGAGGACUUUGCGCCGUACCUCGACCAUGUCGUGCCGAAAAUGACCGCGUCGUUUGAACAGUCGGAGCACGACCCUUUGCCGGGCGCGCCGGGCGAUGGCACCAUGCCUGGCUUUGGCAUCCCCUCCAACGACGACGGCGACGACGAGUUCCUCGACCUCGAAGAGUUCAGCGACUCGUUCCUCAAUGUAAGCACCGCGAUUGCCGUGGAAAAAGAGGUGGCGGCCGACUCGCUUGGCGAGCUGUUCAAGCACACCAAGGCUGCCUUCCUCCCGUAUGUUCCCGCAUCGAUGGAGCAGCUGCUCCUGCUCACCUCCCACUUCUACCAGGGGAUUCGCAAGAGUGCGAUUGCCUCCUUGUUCAUCUAUGUCGUGACGCUCUACGAGCUGUCCAGCCCCCCCAAAUGGGACGCGGGCGCUGCGCCUACCGUGCCGCUGAAUGCCGAGGUGCGCAAGGUGGUCGAGGUGGUGAUGCCAAAUGUGAUGGAGGCGUGGGAAGCCGAAGACGACCGCACCGCCGCGAUCGAGAUCUGUCAGUCGCUUGCAAGCGCGCUAAACAAGUGUGGCCCAGCCCUGAUUGCGCCCGACUGGCUGGAAAGUACGUGCACAUACACCCACAUGAUCCUCGAGAAAAAGUCGCCUGCGCAGCUUGAUCCCGAGGAGCCAGAGGCCCAAGACGAGAUGGAGGCGAGCGAGUACGAGUCGGUUUUGAUCAGCGCAGCGACCGAUUUGGUCGGCGCGAUGGCCAACGUGCUCGGCGCCGACUUUACCGGGCCCAUGCACCAGUUCCUCCCCCAGAUCAUCAAGUAUUACGCGCCGGGUCGGUCCCAAAGCGAUCGUGCGACGGCGAUUGGGUCGCUGGGCGAGAUUGUUGUUGGGAUGAAGAGCGCAAUUACGCCAUUUACCCAGGAUAUCCUUGCCACUCUCUCGCGCUCGCUCAUGGACGAAGAACCGUCCGUGCGUUCCAACUCGGCGUUUGCUGCGGGUGUGUUGAUCGAGCACAGCACAAUAGAUCUUUCGCCGCACUAUUCGUCGCUGCUCGCUGCGUUGCAAAGCUACUUUAGCAAAGAAGAGGACGAGCCGGAGGAAAUCAAGACGACGCGUGACAAUGCAUGUGGCUGUCUUGCGCGCAUGAUUAUAAAAAACGCCGAGGCCAUGCCGCUGGACCAGGCAUUGCCGGUGCUGUUCUCGUGCCUGCCGCUGGAUAACGACUAUGCCGAGUGGGCGCCGAUCCUCUUUUGCUUGAUUCACUUGAUUCAAGCGGAUAACUCUGUUGCGCUGCAGUACUUUGACACGAUCAUGCAGCUCUUCCGCCAUGUGCUUGCAAGCGAGGAGGAUGUGUUGGGCGGGAUGCUGCGUGGGCAGCUCUGUGCAUUCCUCGCACAGCUCAAGAGUACGCAGUAUGCUGGAAAGGUGGCACAGCACGACUUGGAUGCGUUCCUUGUGUAG